CGGAGCCGCUCCGCUCGCCGCUCCCCCGCACCGCGCGCCCGCCCGGGGCCGCAGACGGCGCGCAGCGCAGCCCAGCCGAGCCUCGCGGGGCCGCCGCCAGCCCUGCCGGCCGCCUCCCGAGCCUCCCGGGGGCGCCGGGCCUGCCGCCCCCCGCGGCCCGCAGACAGCUCCGCGGGAACCGGCGGGCGCACCGCGCUCCUCGCCGCCGCCGCCGCCGCCGCGCGCGUCCUAGGGCCCUAGAGGCCACGGGCAGGAUGCUCCGGGUCCUGGUGGGGGCCGUCCUCCCCGCAAUGCUGCUGGCCGCUCCGCCGCCCAUCAACAAGCUGGCACUGUUCCCGGACAAGAGCGCCUGGUGUGAGGCCAAGAACAUCACCCAGAUCGUGGGCCACAGCGGCUGCGAGGCCAAGUCCAUCCAGAACAGGGCGUGCCUAGGACAGUGCUUCAGUUACAGCGUUCCCAACACCUUCCCGCAGUCUACGGAGUCCCUGGUUCACUGCGACUCCUGCAUGCCGGCCCAGUCCAUGUGGGAGAUCGUGACCUUGGAGUGCCCCGGCCACGAGGAGGUGCCCCGGGUGGACAAGCUGGUGGAGAAGAUCGUGCACUGUAGCUGCCAAGCAUGUGGCAAGGAGCCCAGCCACGGGCUGAGCGUCUACGUGCAGGGCGAGGACGCGCCGGGCUCCCAGCCGGGCACCCGUCCCCACCCCCACCCGGGCGGGCAGACCCCCGAGCCCGAGGAUCCCCCCGGGGCCCCCCACGUGGAGGAAGAGGGGGCUGAGGACUGAGGCCCCAACUCCUCCUCCCCUCUCAUCCCCUGUGGAAUGUUGGGUCUCAACCUUGGGGGAGCGGUGGGGAGACAGGCCGGAGCCCCCCUUUGGCACUGGAUGGACUUGGAUUCAGACUUGGACUUGGAACGCUUUCCCGUUGCCGUGGAGAUCUGAAGGGAGGGGUUGGGGCCAAGCUGCACAAUUUAAUAUAUUCAAGAGUGAGGGGAGGUAGCAGAGGUCUUCAGGGUUCUUUUUCGGAGCGGGUGGGUGGUUCUCUUCCUUUCUGCCUCCUAGAGAUAUGCCUGUGGGGGCAGGGAGAGGUUGGCUAAGCUGCUGCGGUGGGUGUGAGGUCCUCACCGUCCUGGUGGGGCGGGGCCCCUGACGUUCAGAGGGUGGAGUGGGGCCCCUGGGCUGAGGGUCGGUGCCUUGCCAGCAGCAGCCUUGAGGAAGGGGCUGGGUCCAGGCUAGGAAGACCACUGGCAGAAGCUCGAGCCCCAUAGGUUUCCCCAAAGGUCUCUCGUCCCCAGGAGAGCUUCUCCCCAUUGGCACCAAAAUGGCCCUCCCUCGAUCGUGUGCUUGGGAGUCAGGUCUGGGCAGGACCCUGCUGACUCAGGGCCCUGGAGCCGAGGCCUUUCUGGCCUCCUUGGCUUUCCAGGGGGUGGAGGAAGGCAAGGGAGGAGCUUACCUGGGCGGGG